AUGCUGGAAUCAAAUGACUACAUGUAUUCUGUGGAUAAUUUGUUUUUCAAAACCCCAGAUGAAGUUGAAAAUUUUCCAGACAAUGAAAACUCAUUGGAUUGGUUUCUUCCUCCUGCUCCAUUGAUUACAGAUAUUCCUGAUAUCCAGGAAUUGGAGGAAGAAAUAGAAAGCCAUAAACUAUUAGGUCAAGAAAAGAGACCACAAAUGUUAACAUCAAAUUUAAAGAUUACUAAUGACUAUGCAAAUUACAUUUCACCAAGGCAAAGCAUGCAGUUUUCCUCUAAUAAAUGUGAACUAGAUAAUCUAAAUUUAGGAGGAACAGGUAAUGGAAACUUAUCACAUAUUGCUGGCAAAAUGACUUAUGGUUCUUCUCAGAAAUAUAAAAGUCACGUGGGCAUUGAAAUUGCACCUUUUGAAAAAAAUGUACUUGGUGAAAUGGAAUUAGUCAGUAUUGCAGAAAAUAAAGGAGAAGGCACAUCAGCAUUUCGAAAAAGAUUAUUUAAAAUUUGUGAAAAUGUGCAUGAAAGUACUCAUCCCAGUGACAGUGCAUACUUGCAUUCUGACAUUGGCUCAGUGAACAUUGUCCAAAGAGAAAUGAACAAGGGGAAAUCAUGGAACUGUGGAAGUAAUAACGAGAAGUCUCAAUAUUCUGCAAACAUGCUUACAGCAGAUGAUGCUUUUUCUGCUUCUGAAACUGGAGAAGAUAUAUUGAAAUUAUCAUCUUUUUCAAUUCUAUCCCAGCCUCAUGAUAUUCGAGGUGUGACCAAAAAUAGCUUAAAUUCUUUGAAGUCUGUUGCAGAAAUUCCGGCAAAAUUCAGAAGUAUUUUCAAAGGAUUCCCUUACUUCAAUUAUAUACAGUCCAAAGCCUUUGAUGAUCUUCUUUACACCGAUAGAAAUUUUGUGAUUUGUGCUCCAACUAGUUCUGGGAAAACUGUAGUGUUUGAACUAGCUAUCACAAGAUUGCUAAUGGAAGCACCAUUACCAUGGCUAAACAUUAAAAUUGUUUAUCUGGCACCGAUAAAAGCCCUGUGUAGUCAGCGUUUUGAUGACUGGAAAGAAAAAUUUGGACCACUGGGACUGAAUUGUAAACAACUCACUGGAGAUACAGUAAUGGAUGACCUAUUUGAGAUUCAGCAUGCUAAUAUUAUUAUGACAACACCGGAAAAAUGGGACAGCAUGACUAGAAAAUGGAGAGACAACUCUUUGGUCCAACUGGUUCGACUAUUUCUCAUUGAUGAGGUACAUAUUGUAAAAGAUGAAAAUCGUGGUCCAACUCUUGAAGUUGUAGUUAGCAGAAUGAAAACUCUACAGUCUUUAUCUCAGCCUUUGCAAAAUACCAGCACUAUUAUUCCAGUGAGAUUUGUGGCUGUAUCUGCAACAAUUCCAAAUGCUGAGGAUAUUGCAGAAUGGCUUUCAGAUGGUGAAAGACCUGCUGUAUGUCUAAAAAUGGAUGAGAGCCACAGACCUGUGAAACUUCAGAAAGUGGUCCUUGGAUUUCCUUGCAGUAGUAACCAAACUGAAUUUAAGUUUGAUUUGACACUAAACUACAAAAUUUCCAGUGUUAUAAGAGCAUACUCUGAUCAGAAACCAACACUUGUGUUUUGUGCAACAAGGAAAGGUGUGCAACAGGCUGCUUCUGUUCUUGUGAAAGAUUCUAAAUUUAUUAUAACUAUGGAACAGAGACAAAGGUUACAAAAGUAUGCAUAUUCUAUAAGAGAUUCAAAACUGAAAGAUAUCUUAAUAUAUGGUAUUGCUUAUCAUCAUGCUGGUCUGGAGCUGUCAGAUAGAAAAGCAAUUGAAGGAGCAUUUGUUGCUGGAGAUCUACGAGUUCUUUUUACCACCAGUACACUAGCUAUGGGAGUAAACUUGCCUGCUCACUUGGUAAUUAUCAAAUCUACAAUGCAUUAUGCUGGAGGAAUGUUUGAAGAGUACAGUGAAACAGAUAUUCUACAGAUGAUUGGUAGAGCUGGCCGACCUCAGUUUGACACUACAGCUACUGCAGUUAUUAUGACUCGGUUAAGUACCAGAGACAAGUACAUUCAAAUGUUAGCGUGUAGUGACACUGUAGAGAGCAGUUUACACAGACAUCUUAUUGAACAUUUAAAUGCAGAGAUAGUAUUACAUACUAUCACAGAUGUGAAUAUUGCUUUGGAAUGGAUACGAUCAACCUUGCUUUAUAUCAGAGCCUUGAAAAACCCAUCUCAUUAUGGUUUUAAAUCUGGAUUGAACAAAGAAGGGAUUGAAGCAAAAUUACAAGAAUUAUGUUUGAAAAAUCUUAAUGACUUGUCAUCCCUGGACUUGAUAAAGAUGGAUGGAGAUGUUAAUUUCAAACCAACAGAGUCAGGAAGAUUGAUGGCUUGGUAUUAUAUUACAUUUGAGACGGUGAAGAAAUUUUGUACAAUCAGUGGAAAAGAAACUUUAUCAGAUCUGGUCACAAUGAUAGCCAGCUGUAAUGAAUUUCUAGAUGUACAGUUAAGGAUAAAUGAAAAGAAAACACUGAAUACUUUGAACAAAAGUCCAAAUCGGAUAACUAUCAGAUUUCCAAUGGAAGGAAAAAUUAAAACAAGAGAAAUGAAAGUUAAUUGUCUUAUUCAGGCCCAGCUAGGAUGCAUUCCUAUACAAGAUUUUGCUUUGACACAAGAUACCUCGAAGAUUUUCAGAAAUGGCUCACGAAUUGCAAGAUGGCUGUCAGAUUUUGUAGCUGCUCAAGAAAAGAGGUUUGCUGUGCUAUUGAAUAGUCUGAUUUUAGCUAAAUGUUUUAGGUGUAAACUUUGGGAGAACUCUCUGUAUGUAUCCAAACAGCUGGAAAAAAUUGGUAUAACAUUGUCAAAUGCAAUGGUAAAUGCAGGUUUGACUUCCUUUAAAAAAAUAGAAUCAACAGAUCCAAGAGAACUUGAACUGAUUUUAAGUAGACACCCCCCUUUUGGAACACAAAUAAAAGAAGCUGUGAUGUAUCUACCAAAGUAUGAACUUGAAGUAGAACAGAUUGCAAGAUACAGUAAUAUGAUGGCGGAAAUAUUAGUAACCCUGACGUUAAGAAACUUUGAACAGCUACAGACUAAACGAACAGCACCAGAUUUUCAUUAUGUCACCUUAAUCAUAGGUGAUUCAGACAAUCAGGUUGUUUUUAAGCACAAAAUUAUGGAUUCUGUUAUGCUGAAAGCUGGAAACUGGGUUAAAAAAAUUGAUGUGAAGAGAGCUCUCAUAUCUGAAGAUCUUAGCAUAAAUCUAAUUAGCUCUGAUUUUGUUGGACUUGAUAUUCAGCAGAAGUUUACAGUCUUUUACUUAGGACCCAAGAGCUUUGGAAGUCAAGUAAUUAUGCAGAGAAAGUCAGAAGCAGAUAUUUCCCAUUCUGAACAUCCAGAUAGAUCCACUGUAGUAGGAUCUUGUAAAGGAAUGACUCUCUGCAAAAAGCCUGGGAACCGAGAAUGCAAUCAUCACUGCAAAAGUAAACAUACAUGUGGACAUGACUGCUGUAAAAUUGGAGUUGCACAGAAGUCAGAAGUUAAAGAAUCAGCAAUUUCUUCAUAUUUAUCUGACUUAAGGAACAGGAAUGCUGUUUCAUCUCUUCCUCCAUGUAAACGUCUCAAACUACAGAUGAAUAAAUCUCAAACUGUGGGUCUUAAAGAGUUUGAUUUUACUCCAAAACCUUCCAUACCCAGCAGAUCAAGGUUAGAAUAUUUAAGCUUACCUGAAUGGCCUGUAAUUGAGCAGAGGGAUCAGAAUGAAAUCUGUGGAAAAGUUCAACAGGAACCAUUUGAAUAUCAAGAGAGAGAAGUUUUGAAUGUGAACUUUGAAUUGGGAAGUGAAGUUUGGGAAGAUUUUGAUGAUGAAAACUUAAUUGAAGUUAGUAGCUUUCUAACUAGUACUAAGAAGACAAAAACAUCAGGCUUUGGAGACACUCCGAAUUCAAGUGCCAGGGGCAGUAAGUUACCCUUCCAAAAGUCAAAGAGAAAAUUUCAAAACACAAUGUCCAACAGUUUUGUUUCAUCAUAUGAGAAGCCAGACACCUAUUUAUCAGAUUAUGCUGUGUCUGACUUGGGUUCAUCCUCCAUGACACAAUUACCAGAACAAAUUGGAGAUGCAAAUACUAUUCCCCUACAUGAAAGAAAACAAGACUUGUCACCAGUGUUCGAGAGGCUGUGCUUUACUCAGUCCAAAAAAAUACCAAAUUCUUGUAACCUUAAGAAAGCCGACUUUUUAAUUCAAAAUAGUGAAUCUAAAAAGGGAAUGGAUUUCAGUUAUUAUCAUCCUGAUGAUGCAGCUGGAGAAAUGAAGACUUUCCUUGGAAUAUUUGAUGACAUUUUGUAAACAACAACAAAAUCUUAAUAAAAGAAAAUAGAGAGACCCUCUAACCUCCAAGUAUGCUUU